UGCAGCAACACAUUGCUUCUAUGCUACUAAACUUUUAUAUUCUUAUCUUCUUUGUUUCCUAUUAUCCACCGUAAAAGAAUAGGAUGAAAUGUAAACGGGUUCUUAUGGAAGGAUAAUUUUCAAUGGGCCUGCCUGUUGACACAGUGUUUUUCCGAGGUCUUCUCGUUAAACGGGUCGGAACACUCUCAGAAGCCCAGUAUCUAUUGUGCAGCAAAUCUCUAUCGAGUUCUUCUUCCUUCUUCUUUUGAUAAUCCUUCUUCUCUUCUUACUUCUGUUUUCUGCGUUUCUGAUACUCCUGAAGGUAGUCUGUUCUGCUGGCUAUUUGGCUCCUUUUGGGUUCGUUUCAUUUUUCUUUGCUUACCUCUCUGGUCUGACACAUCUGCUCGCUUUGAGAAAAUGUUCUCUUGCAAGCGUUCCAUCUAAAAUUAUUCUUGUCUAUCUAAUCUCUAUAAAUUAAUCGGUGGAUGUCGGUAUUUCUCACGGCAAUAAUUCAGAUCCAAAUUUCAAGGCCUAUUCUGGAGAAUUCAAAUACCCUUCGGUAUUUAAACUGGAAAUCUCUUUGAAAGAAAAGAGAAGGGAUGGGGAACUAAAAAUGGGAAUGACUUCCGGAUCUCUACAUAUGUAUUUAUCAUCUUGAAGACUGGUUUAGACAUAGAUUUCGGAGUGUUUUGGUAGAUUUAUUGUUCUUGUUCUUCCUUUAGGGUCCCUUUCCUAGUUCUUUCCCUGUGAUGAAAUUCUUUGAAGCAAACGAGAACUAGGCAAAUGACUACAGAUGAGACAGGUGAUAGCUCCUUGUGGAGUAGGGAGCAGGAGAAAGCUUUUGAGAAUGCCCUGGCAACCCAUCCUGAGGAUUCUGAAGAUCGAUGGGAGAAGAUUGCAGCAGAUGUACCAGGGAAAACUCUUUCAGAGAUCAAACAUCAUUAUGAACUCUUAGUUGAAGACAUUAAUGGGAUUGAGUCUGGUCGUGUGCCUUUGCCUUGCUAUGUUUCUUCAGAGGGAUCAAUGGACUAUGCAAGUGAGGCUGGGGCUGCUAAAAAGGGAGGUAAUUUUGGCAAUUUCCAAAAUGAUUCUAGUCAUGGAGUGAAAACACAAAGAUCUGAUCAAGAACGCCGUAAGGGGAUAGCUUGGACAGAGGAUGAACACAGAUUAUUUCUUCUUGGAUUGGAUAAAUAUGGGAAAGGAGAUUGGAGGAGUAUAUCCAGAAACUUUGUGGUGUCCAGGACGCCUACACAGGUGGCCAGCCAUGCACAGAAGUAUUUUAUUCGCUUGAACUCAAUGAACAAAGAUAGAAGACGAGCAAGCAUCCAUGAUAUUACUAGUGUUGGAAAUGGAGACAUAGCAGCGCCCCAAGGGCCAAUUACUGGUCAAAACAGCGCACCCAGUACAGGAGCAUCAACUGGUAAAUCCAAUAAGCAAUCACCUCAGCCCCAACCUGGUGCCCCUGGUGUUGGUGUCUAUGGCACUACUACUAUAGGCCAGCCCAUUGGAGGACCUCUCAUUUCAGCUGUUGGAACUCCAGUCAAUCUUCCUGCCCCAGCACACAUGGCAUAUGGUGUUCAACCCCCAGUUCACGGAUCUGUUGUUCCUGGUGCACCAAUGAAUGUGGCUCCCAUGACAUAUCCAAUGCCCCAUGCAUCUGCUCAUAGGUAAUUUGGCUGCUAAAUCAUCUAGUGUACAAAACAUAGAGAAUAGAUGGCUGGUGCUGGGUCCUACAUCAGGAAUAGAUAGCUGAGGUUGCAACCACAGGUAGUCUGGUGCCAUUGUAUCUCUAGAAUUAAGUUUGUUCAAUUCUUAUCAUGUUGAAAUAAGGUGUAGGGGAACAUAGUAUGCAUGUGUAUAGGCAAAUGUGGAAGAAGAGGUGGCUAUUUAAUUAAUAGAGCAGCUUGUAGUGUAUUUCUUUCAUCUUUUAGGUUCCUAACAUGCCCCUCACCACUACUACUAUUGUUAGGUGACAGGAAACAAGGUAUGGUAAAGAAAGUUGUAAAGAGCCCUAUUCAUAUUUUCACUGUUUCAGUGGUGUAAAAAACUGAUAAGGUACCGUUGCUCUGAUAUCUGAUUGACUUUCUUCUUAUU